AUGCCAGAGCAGGCAGAGCAGAGUGCCAGACCGGCAGCGAGUGCACACCCGGUUGUGGAGCCGAGUGUGCGACCUGAGGCUAGUGCAUCCCCGGACUUGAGUGCACAGUUAGCCGCCCUGACAGAGGUGACGAAGCGGCAGGGGGAGUUAUUGGAGAGGAUGUGUGAGAGGUUAGCUUCGCCCCAGAGUUCAAUACCGAGGGCACCAGAGUCGUCUGUUCCACCUCCGACUACCCCAGUGACAGCGCCAGCUGCAGCAGUACCUCCGCCAGCAGCAGUUCCAGUUGCGCCAAUUGCGCCUGCUAGGGGGCCAGUAUAG